ACUUUGUGCUAUUGUUCGAUAGUGUAAUGUUAUUUCAAUAGCUGUGGAAAAUGGCCAAAGCAAAAAUUUCUAAGAAAGAAGAGGCGCGUCUUAGGGAGGAACUUCAAACAGCUGAGAAUCCAACUCCAGUUCCAGCGCCUCCAGAUGGUGGUUAUGGAUGGGUUAUUGUAUUCGCCUCAUUUAUUAGUAAUAUGGUCGUAGAUGGUGUUGGAUUAUCUUUUGGACUUAUUUUACCAUAUUUAGUUGAAGAAUACAGUACAACAAAAGGAGUUGCAGCAUGGGUUGGGUCAGUUUUGGCAGGAGCUCAGAUGGGUGCUGGACCAAUCGUUAGUGCUGUAGCGAAUAAGUUCAGUUGUAGAACAGCCAGUAUAUUUGGCUGCAUUUUAGCAUCAUCGUGUAUGGCCCUUUCCACUUUUUGUCCAUCCAUACCAGUAAUGAUGGUAGUUUAUGGUGUCAUGGGAGGUACUGGAUACAGCUUUAUAUAUUUACCAGCAGUAGUGAUGGUUGGAUAUUAUUUCGAGUCCAAACGAUCUUUAGCAACUGGGAUAGCCGUUUGUGGAACAGGUGUCGGAGCAUUUGCUUUUGCCCCCUUGGUCAAUUUCUUGGUUAAAUCAUAUGGAUGGAAAACUACUAACUUAUGCUUGGCAGGAAUUACAUUGUCAUGUGCACUUUUUGGAGCAUUAAUGAAACCUUUAACGUACGAAGAAGUGAAAGAAGAAGUCGUUCAACAGGUCCCAGCAAAACCCGGUGUUAUGAGAACCCGAACGAGUGAGGGGAACAUCUCAACUCCAGGUGUAUAUAACUCUACACUUUCAAUGACCAAAAGAAAAGGAAGUCUUCAACCUAUGGCAAGAAAGGAUGUUUUAUAUACAGGAUCCAUUCAGAAUCUCAAAGAAUUUCAAUCAAGAACAUCACUUGCUGAGUACAGAAAUAGCGUCCACAGUAUACAAAAACCUAAACUUUCCAAACGUCAAGAAAACAGUUGCUGCAAUCUUUCUGAGUUUUUCGGAAAUUUGGUGGAUAUGAGUCUAAUUAAAAAUCCAGUUUUCUUGGUAUUGGCUUUUGCUUCGGUAUUCGCUAUGAUAUCGUUUUAUAUACCAUUUGUGUACUUAGUAGAACUAGCCAAGUCAAAGGGAAUCGAAGAAUCUCAGGGAGCUAUGUUAAUUUCCAUAAUUGGAAUAACUAAUAUUGUUAGUCGUUUAGCUGUUGGUUACCUAGCAGAUUUUCCAAGUGUUAAUAACUUUCUAGUUAAUAACUGUUGCCUCAUGUUAGCAGCCGUUUCGACAGCAGCAAUGCCGUUAUUUUCUAGCUUCAUUGCUUUGGCAAUUUUGGCCGUAUUAUUCGGAAUAGGCAUCGCUGGUUUCAUCUCGUUAACUUCUAUCAUCCUAGUGGAAUUUUUGGGACUGGAUAAACUGACAAACGCUUUUGGCCUAAUUAUCCUUUUCAGAGGAGCAGCCACUGUGUUUGGAACCCCAUUAGCUGGUACAAUAUAUGAUUUGACAAAGUCUUACACUAUACCUUUCUUUGUGUGUGCAGCGGGAUUUGGGAUUGCAUCAGUAAUUAGUAUGAGUGCUCCUUGUUUUAAUAAAAAGGUUGAAGAAAAAGACGGUGAAGUAUUAGCUCCAAUGAAUGUCACCGAAGAAAAAGAUCAGAAUAUAGUGUAAAUCGUAUUAGACUGCUUUAUUACAGUAUUUAUAUUUGUGUUGCAAAGAGUGUAAAAAUAACAUUACAUUAAAGAAAGACUUGAGGUAUAACUUUUAAUAAAACAUUUUUU